AUGAAUAUUGAACAACAACAACAACAACAGCAAAGCAUUGUGGAAAGAGAUCCAUUCUAUAAUAAAAGUGUAUUAGUAAUUGAUGGUGCAAUUCAACAAUUAAAACCAGAAUUAUCAAAUGAGAUAAUGGAUGAUUUAAGAGCCAAAGUUAAAGAUUUAGAUAAAGAUAAUUGGAUGUUCGAAACAAAUCAUUCCCAUCAUUUUAAACAUUAA